CUUUUUAGUGUCUAAACCUUUUCUUUCUUUUUCUUGCUUUUGUGCAAUGGCUAGAACGUCCAGAACACUGUUGAAUAAUGGGGGGGGGGGGGACAGGCAUUCCUAGGGGUUUCAGACAAUCUGGAGUUCUCCCUGGAGGAAGAGGUCCCAGAACCCAGCCAGCCGCAUGAGACUAGGUCAUGGCUCAGGAAUCUGAACCCUUCACUGCAGCACAGUCUGGGGGAGCCCCCUUGUCCAGAGCCUGCGGCAGGGCACGAGCCAGACCCUGCUUUCAGCGGUCUCAAAUAUGGGCCAGCUACCAGGUUGGGUGCUGGACACCGAUCCCAAAUGGGACCUCGGAUGAGGGGGCGCUUGGAUCCUUUUUUCGGAGAGGCCGGGAGGUGCAACGGGGCUGCUGCGCUCGCGGCAGCAUCUCCCGUCCAGUCUGCGUCCCCUCUGUCCAGGCUUCAGGGCCCAUCGGCCCACUCGGAGGUUGGGCUGGGCGGGUAGGCGGGAUCCCUGGCACCGGGCCGCCGCCUCGGGGAGCUGGCGCUCCUCGUGGGGCUGGAAUUCUGGGUGUGGCCGCCCUCUGGCGCCGGGUGACCCCGGGCUUCCCAGCCCCUGCCGAGGCAGGCGCCGAAAAUGGACGGUGCCUCUCGGGCUGCAGCUCGCGCGCCAAGGGUGGAGGAGCGGCAGCCACCACAUCCAGGCUCUUUCAGGACCCCAAGACACCUUCCAACCUGCCCUGUGCCCUGAGAAGAUCCCAGAGGGUCCACAAAGCUGGAGUGAUUCUGAGCUCCUCAGCUCUGCUUCGGCCUCCUGUGCUCAGCAUCCUUUCCCAGAUCCCGAUGGCUUAUGGGAAUGCUGCCCAGGCACCUCAGAAUCUUACACUGUCAGCCGGGAGCAAGUCUUCAAGUCCUCCUUCCCACUGUGCUUUCUCAAGUGUGGGGCAGGCCUACCUGCUUGGUGCCACACUAAGCGACCAACAGAUGCGCGGAAAGACGGCUUCUCUGAAGAGCUCUGUGUCCUGCUCAGAGAAACUAGCCAGGGUUCAGGCACCCUUGGACUCCAGCCUUGGUAGGGUCAGUCUGCACUGGCCAGAGGGCUUGAAGGGUGAAGAGAUAAAGAAGUGUGGCCGAGAAGGGACACUACUGAGUAAAUACAACCAACAAUACCACAAGCUGUUUAAGGACAUCCCCUUGGAGGAGGUGGUUCUCAAAGUGUGUUCCUGCGCCCUCCAGCGAGACCUCCUUCUCCAGGGCCGGCUCUACAUCUCCCCCAACUGGCUCUGCUUCCAUGCCAGUCUCUUUGGCAAGGAUAUAAAGGUGGUCAUUCCCGUGGUGUCUGUCCAAAUGAUCAAAAAACACAAGAUGGCGCGGCUUCUUCCCAAUGGCCUGGCCAUCACCACCAACACCAGCCAGAAGUACGUCUUUGUGUCACUGCUUUCCCGGGACAGUGUAUAUGAUAUGCUGAGAAGGGUCUGCACACACCUCCAGCCUUCCAGCAAGAAGAGCCUGAGUGUAAGAGAAUUUCCAGAGGAACCUGAGUGCGAGUCCCUGGUGAGAGCUGAGGAAGUCCUCAUCCCUGAGAUGAAGUGGAGAAAAGUGUGCCCUGCCUCCAGGUCCCUGUCCCUUCCAGACAACAUCCCUUGUAUCCCUCGGGCAUCCAUGGACUCCACGGACAGCUUCUUUCCCAGGAAGCCUCCUGGGUCUGAGAAUGACGUCUGUGAGGAUGAGAAGCUGGAGGAGGAGCCCAGGAGUGACGGGAAGCUGAGGCUCUGGGAUUACCAGCUCCUCAAGGUCAUCUUUGUGCUGAUCUGCUUCUUGGUCAUGUCCUCGUCCUAUCUGGCAUUCCGCAUCUCCCGGCUGGAACAGCAGUUAUGCUCCCUGAAUUGGGAUGGCCCGGUCCCUGGGCACAGGUAACAGCCACCCCGGCUUCUCCAAGAAGAAUGCUCUGGGUGCUAAGCUUCUACCAGCGACUCCUGUGGUUUAUGCUGCUGUGCUGAGACUGAGUAGGAAGGAGAAUACUCCAGAUCCUUCCUCCUCCCCCAGCUCUUAGCCCUCCUGCUGACCAAGCUCCUACAAUUUGGGGACUCAAACACAAAGCCAGAUUCUUGGAACCAGCCGAGAAAUUCUGUAUACUAAGCUUCAGCAAGCACUUGGAAAAAGAAAAUUAACUUGUUCCUCGGAAACAGUCUGGCACAGAGACAAGAGCACUAGGAGACACCCAAGGGACAAAAGGCCAAGUUUUGGUACCUGGAGUGCAGCUGUGCACGGUCACGCGGCUCACUGCAGGAGUGGGACAGAGGCCCGAACCCAAACCACCAGUGGGGCUCUGCUCUCUCCCAACAUACCAUGCUCUCGCUUCGGCCCCUGAGGCCAAGGGCAGCCUGGGAAAGUGAGGGGGAAGCUAUGAAGGAGAAGAGGAGGGUGUGAGGGGGAAGCUAGGAUUCCAGCCAGAGGGGAAGAGUCACGCCCUGUGCUGAGGCUCUGUUCUGGGCCCUCACGAGGAGGACUGGCUGAAUCCGGAGGGCAGUAUUUGCAGCAGAGGAUGGUGGCAGGGGCUGUGAAGGAGGGCAGAGGUCCAGCAUUCUGGGUCCUUCGCUGCCACUUCCUAGUGAGACAGGUGGAACAGGCCUUGGUCACUGUGGUCACAGACCUGGUACUUCAUCUUCCCCUCUGUGUUCCAACAGUCUGAGGGGUCCCAGGCAGGAAGUGGACGAUGGCGAGUGACCCCCACUGGGUAUGGGGGGAGGGGAAGGUCAGGGACUUUGAUAUGAGCUUUGUACUCCCUGCCUGACUGCCUGAGGGGCCAUGACCAACAGCAGCCUGUCAGGGAAGCGUGGCUGGGCACCUGGGCACGAUGGUGUCGGGCCGUCACAGAGCUCCCUCAUGUCACCUGAGUUGCAGGCUAUGGGGGAAGGUCCUGCCCUCCAUGAAUAAGGUGGGGGUGUCCAAGGUGGGUCUGGAACAUUGCAGGGACCAGGUCAAGGGGUUCUCUCUGAUACCUCUGGGGACAAGAGAGGUAGGGGAUGCGAGGAGUGGACACAGUGGUAGCUUUGCCUUAGAGAUUCCUCCAUCUCUGCCAAGGCCUCCUGUGUUCUAAACAGCUCUGCUGUGCCUCAGAACUCUGCCUGCUCUCCCUGGGACUCCAACAUGCUAAGACAGUGCCUUUAGGGGUUCCAGAAGGGCCUUAGUGAGGAGGUCAGAAGUAUCAGGCAAAGUCACUGGUGAUGGGGUGAGUGUGUCAGAAACAGUCACUACUUUUCCUUCUUCAUGCACCUGAGAGGUUAAUCAGGGAGAAAUCCAAGGGGGAUUUAGUUAUCGUGGAACUGUGACUAUCUUGCUUGCUGCAAACCCAAAUGAGGAUGUGAGGGAUGGUGUCUGUAGGGGACAGGUCCCUAAGUGUAGACUAGUGGUCUCUCUAUCCUCCCACCGCUGCGGGUUCCAGGAUUAAGCUUAGAGCCUGCCUGGAGGGGUGGUUGGUACCACAGCUGGAGGUGGCAGGUAAACUCAUAUUCCUUUCUCCCCACAGCACCACAGUGGAGAAAACCCCACCCUUUUAUUGGAACGAGCCUCGUUUAUCACCUUUGUAUCAUGUUUUCAGGGAAAUAACUCCACUUGCCCCAGUGUCUCCCCGCCUUGGUCCUUGUUGGAGGGCAGGGAGAAUUGGUCCAUUCUCUGAGCCCUGCUAGGUUGAGCCCCAGGCUCAUGAGAGGCCACCAGAGGUGCCACGUCAUGGACAGCCGUGCGCACAUGCUGGUGAGUCUGGUCUCCGGCCACGCCCCAGGCUCAGAAAGGGCAAGAGCCGUGCUGCAGGGUAGGCGGCUCUGGAGGUCCUCUUGGGUCCAGGGGUUUGAGUGGUAGGAGUGUGCCUGUCACUCUGGAGGGCGCUCUGUCCGUUUCUCCCUUUUCUUCCUCAGCCUGGUCCUCUGGGGCCAGUGUCCUUUCUCCCGUGCACGUUUGUAGACUACGUGGACUUCUACAGACCUGCUUGUGGAGGCUGACAUUCCUCUGAUUCCCCGAGAGAUUGGUUCAACUAUCCUUGGGUUAUUCCAGCAUGGCAUUAGCCGUUGAAAAUAUUUUCAAAUACAAACAUUUGAUUUUUCUAGU